AUGGACGGCGGCGGCGUGAGCGCCGACGUUGGCCGGUCAGUGCGGGUGCUCAUCGAGGCCCAGCCGAGCGCCGGGGUGAUGUUCGCCGCGACGCCGUUCGAGCCGCAGCUGUCGGACGACUCGCCGCCGCGCUCCAGCAACGAGGCCGGCGGCGCCGCCAACCACGAGGCGCCCUCCUGCAGCGCGUGGGACGGCGUCGAAGGGGCCGCCGCGGCGGGGCCCGAGCGGAAGCUCACGCUGCUGGCGCUGCGGCUGGCGAUCCUGGAGAAGGCCGCCAGCGGCCUCGGCGCGCUGGGCUUCAUCUGGGCCACCGUCGUCCUCCUCGGCGGCUUCGCCAUCACCCUCGGCAAGGACGACUUCUGGUCCGUCACCAUCAUCCUCCUCAUCGAGGGCGCGCGCAUCUUCAGCCGCAGCCACGAGCUGGAGUGGCAGCACCAGGCCACCUGGUCGCUCUCCGCCGCCGGCCGCUCCAGCUUCCGCCUCGUCGCCCGCUCCUUCCGCUUCGUCUUCGGCCUCGACACCGGCACCCCCAAGAGCACCGCGUCCGCCGAUUCUGGGUGGAGCUGGAGGCUCAGGAGCUGGGGCUUCCUGUCCAGGCACGUCGGGAGGGCCUUCUACUGGCUGCAGCUGGCGUCCGCCACGGCCUGCGUCACGCUGUCGGCGGUGCGGCUCGUCAGGCAGGACUUCGGGGACGCGGUGGACGCGCGCACCAACCGCCGCUCCGCGCUCGACAUCUUCUACGGCCUCGCGCUGGCCGAGGCGCUGCUGUUCCUCGCGGAGAAGGCGGUGUGGGAGUGGGAGGUCAGCCACUGCCGCCUGCUGGAGCGCGUCGCCAGCGAGUGCCACCUCGCCGGCGCGCCGGGGCUCCUCGCCAUACGCCGCUUCUUCUACGACGCCUACUCGCGGUGCGUGGACGGGAGCAUCUUCGACGGCCUCCGGAUGGACCUCGUCUCCUUCGCCGAGGAGCUCCUCGUGGAGGGCUCGCACGACGAGCAGCGCAUCGGCGUCGGCAUCCUCGUCAACGUCGCCGGGAGCCCGCGGCUGGGCGACGCCGCGCUGCGCCGGGUCGGCACGUCGCCGGCUGUCAUGGAGCGGCUGGUGGAGAUGCUCAGCUGGAAGGGCGCGGCGGAGGCCGGGGCGCGGGCGUCCGCGGCGCUUGUCGUGUCCAAGCUCGCCAGCAAGAAGCGGAACGCGCUCCGCGUCGCUGGCGUUCCCGGCGCCAUCGAGUCAGUGACAUCGCUGCUCUACGCCUCCGAGGAGUGCAACCUCCUCGGCCUCCUCAUCAUCAAGAAGCUCGCGCACGACCACGACAAUUGCAGCAAGAUUGGCAACGCCCGCGGCCUCCUCGACAAGAUCAUCGACUUCUCUGCCAUCGUCAGUGCGUCGUCCUCACCAUCCGUGCCCGUCGUCAUCACCCCGUCGCGCGCAAAGGCCGUGAAGCGGUCGCUGCAGGUGAUCAGUAUGCUCGCCGACACGACAGGGAGCACGGGGAAGCAGCUGCGGAAGGAGGUGGCGGAGAUCGUGUUCACGGUCAGCAACAUCCGGGCCGUGCUCCAGCACGCCGGAGGCCACCUGGAGCUGCAGCGGCUUGGCGCCGAGGUGCUCACUCGCCUCGCCAUGGACGAGGACGCGCGCGAGAAGAUCGGCAGCACGGGCAGCGUCAUCUCCAUCCUCCUCGCCAUGUUCUUCCGGCCAGGCAUCACGGACGAGGCCAACCGCGUGCGCGUCGAAGCCGGCGAGGCGCUCGCCAUGCUGGCACUCGACAGCCCGCACAACUGCGAGCGGAUACUCGGCGCCGCGCCCGCCGUCGUCGGCCGUCUCGUCGAGGCGCUCAAUGACGACGCGGUCGGCGUCGGCGCAGCUAGGAUCCUCACCAACCUCUGCGCGUACUCCGCCGGUGGCGAGCGGUUCAUGGAGCUGCGCGCCACCGUCACCUCCGGCGCCGCCACAGUACUGCGCAACGUCAUGACCAAGAAGUCGAGGCGGCUGGAGGUGUCGCUUGGCCUCGCGGCGCGGAUGGUGAGGCUUAUGGGUCCGCAUGAGCUAGCCCACCACCUCGCCCUUGCCGGCGUCAGCGAGCUGGACAUUGUGAACAGGCUGGUCUACGUGUUGUCGUGGUACAGUAGCCCUUCGAUCAAGGUGCCCCGGAUAAGACGGUUUGCAGUGGAGCUCGUGAUCGGGAUGCUGGGGAUGGAUUCUUCAUCUCCGUUUGCGGAGCUGAUGGCGGCGGCCGGGAUGGGGCGGGAGCUGCGGCGAGUUGCGGAUACGACCUCGGAACUGGAGUGCUUCCACGUCUUCUCCGGCAGCGCCGGGGUGAGCCGGCACGCGGUCAGCCUCUGUGCGCUCGUCGGCACGGCAAUGGAGCUCAUGGGCAUGGAGGCCGGCGGCCAGUAG